ACCAACGAAUUUUCAAACCAUCAUCAGUUACCCAUUGACCUUCGAACCCUUUACAGCUAUUCAUACAGCAAAUCACACAAUGCGUUUCACAAUAACUGUAUUUGCAAUUUUGGCUAUUUGCGUCACCCUGGGCAUUGCAGGACCUCUGCCGCACAAACAACAUUCCAACGGAUCUGGCUCUGGCAAAGGAGGUAGUGGCCAGACUACCAGUUAUGCAGUUGUAACCAAACACGAAGAUGCAGCUGGCGGUCAGCAUGGUGGACAGAAAGGAUAUGGCGGUGCUAAAAACGAUCACUAUGGAGGUCAUGAUCAUGGCCAUGGUGAUGACUAUAACUCCCAUCCUAGAUACGACUUUGCAUACGGUGUAGAGGAUUCAAAAACUGGCGAUGUGAAGGAGCAUCAGGAAUCCAGAGAUGGCGAUAAUGUUAAGGGAAGCUAUUCUCUCAAGGAAUCAGAUGGCACAACUCGCCUUGUCACCUACACCUCUGAUAAGAAGAGCGGCUUUGAGGCCACAGUUCAUAAGAUUGGUGGAGCAAAUGCUGCUGGCAAGGGACAUUACCAUUGAUUAAUGAUGAAUGGCAAUAAUGGUUGGGAGCUACAAAAUUCAAAGACACGUUG